AUGUCGACCUCUGAGCCUGUCCAUUUCUUUGACAUCAUCUCCACUCUCCCCGGAGCACAAAAGUCAUGGUCGCCCAACACCAUCAAAGUCCGCUCAGUCUUGAACUUCAAGGGCAUUCCGUACACUCAAAGCUGGAUCUCGUACCCGGAUAUCGCCCCAUUGAUCAAAGGGUUUGAGCUCGAGCCAAAUGAGUCGGGAUUCGCGUACACCUUGCCCGCCAUUGUCCACAAGUCGUCCGUGACUUCCAACCCUCACGGUGCGAUGAUGGACUCGUUGCCCAUCGUGAUGCACCUCGACAAGGCAUUCCCAUCAAAACCGCUCUUCCCGAGCGGCGACGCCAGCUACGCCUUGCUCAUGGCUGUGGUCAAGAUCGCGGGCGGAAUGAGCCCAGCGCUAAGGGAACUGAUCGUUCCCCAAGUGGCAGGCUACAUGGACCCACGAGGCAAGGAGUACUUUGUCGAAAGCCGGUCCAAGAUUUUCGGUAAGCCAUUGUCUGAAGUGCGACCGACCGAUCAGGGUGCGAUCGACGAAAUUUGGAAGCAGGUCGAUGACAACAUCGGAACCCUGGUUACCAUGUUGCGUGGUCGAGAGGGCAAAAAGGGUCCCUUCUUUGAGGGCGAGACCCCGGGAUUUGCAGACUUGUAUCUGGCUAGCCUCAUUGCCUUCUUUGAACGGAUUGAUCAGGGCUCGUUUGAAAGACUGAUGUCUAUCGGCAAUGGGGAGCUCCGGGCUCUUUGGGAAGCUUGCAAGCCGUGGAUCAACGGUCAAGGCGAAGACAAGGAGUGGCCUAUACCUCAGGCCUCUGCUUAG